AUGACAGCAGGAAAUCUCAGAAUUGCCUUUGUACAUCUUGAACUGUUUGGUCCUGAAGAUGGAAUUAUUAGGAUGGCACAUGAGAAUGAGGCCGUGGCCAUCACAUCGACUCUUGAAAGCCUCGGACACGAAGAAAUUCAAGUCCCCGGCAUGGAAUCUCUCCUUAAGAGCAUUGUAACGGGAAAAUACAGAGAGUGGGAUUUAGCUUUCAACAUAUCACAUGGGUUGCAUGGAAAAGCUAAUGAUGCGCAAGUACCAGGGAUAUUGGAAGCAUACCAGAUUACAUCCACCUUUUCCGAUGCCGGAACAUUGGCGUUAUGUCAGGAUAAAUCAAAGGCUAACUUAUUUUGGUUUAAGAUCAUGCUUGAACACUACGAAAUUUCCACUGCACCAUUUGCCGUUGACAAGAGGCAAUUGAAAAAUUCACACCAUGCUAAAUCCUUGUCGUCAUAUCCAUGGUUUGUCAAGCCCAAUAUCGAAGCUUUCUCGAAAGGUGUCGUCCCUUCUAAUAGAGACCAAACCCCGGAGGAGCUGGAGAGUGCAAUCAAGGUCUUACGACAGAAGUUUCCUCAACGAGAUAUCCUUGUUGAGACCUUUUUGCCGGGGCAGGAGUUCACCGUCGGAAUACUAGGGACUGGAUGCCAGGCAAGGGUGAUUGGGAUGGCAACCUUUACCUGGAAGCAAGCCAACACCCAAAGUUCUCACCAAUUAAUUGAUUUUCACCUACACGGAAGAAGCAAUGUUAUAGAUGGACUUGCAGAAAAAGUCAUAGUGGAUAUUAACCAUCCAGGAGUCAAGAAGGUCUGCGAGAUUAGCCUACGAGCCUGGAAUGCCUUGGGCUGUCGAGACGGUGGCAGAGUAGACAUCCGGUUAGAUGGAGAAUCCAAACCUCAUGUACUGGAGAUCAAUCCAAUCCCUGGCCUUUGGAAUGGGAUCUCAUUCUCAAAGCUCCUGGAAAGCAUUGUGGACAAUGCCUUAGAUCGAAAGGAGAUCACUUGUUGUACACAUAUCAUAGCCACUAGUUAG